GAAACACACAAAGUUUACAGGCAGAAACUGGAGGAAGUCACCAGCUUGCAGACAGCCUGCAGCAGCUCCAUCCACCGGCAGAAGAAGACACUAAGGGACCUGAAGCACAGCCUGCAACGGUGCAAGCCCAGAGCGAGUCCUGAAGAGUUUGCUCUCAUUCAGGAGAUCAGCACCCAGAUCAAGGAGAGGCAGAAUGCCUUCUUCGACAUGGAAGCCUACUUGCCGAAGAAGAACGGCCUGUACUUAAAUCUGGUGCUGGGAAACGUGAAUGUAACUCUCCUGAGUAACCAAGCAAAGUUUGCCUACAAGGAUGAGUAUGAGAAGUUCAAACUUUAUCUGACAAUAAUCUUGUUACUCGGGGCCGUCACCUGCAGGUUUAUUCUCCACUACAGGGUGACAGAUGAAGUGUUUAACUUUCUGUUAGUGUGGUAUUACUGCACGCUGACGAUACGGGAAAGCAUUCUCAUUAGCAACGGAUCAAGGAUCAAAGGCUGGUGGGUGUCUCAUCACUACGUUUCCACAUUCCUGUCUGGAGUAAUGUUAACGUGGCCAGAUGGACUCAUGUAUCAAAUGUUUCGCAGUCAAUUUUUAGCGUUUUCAAUAUUUCAGAGUUGCGUUCAGUUCCUACAAUAUUAUUAUCAAAGAGGCUGCCUUUAUAGACUCCGUGCUUUGGGGGAGAGAAACCACUUGGACCUUACAGUAGAAGGAUUUCAGUCCUGGAUGUGGCGGGGGCUGACGUUUCUCCUUCCCUUCUUGUUCUUUGGGCAUUUCUGGCAGCUAUAUAAUGCAAUCACGCUUUUUGGAUUGUCAAGGCAUAAGGAGUGCAAAGAAUGGCAGGUUUUUGUUUUGGCUUUCACGUUUCUGCUGCUCUUCCUCGGGAACUUCCUCACUACUCUCAAAGUGGUGCACACUAAACUCCAGAAGAACAAAGACAAAAUGAAGAAGCUGUGAAUCCCUGUUCCCUGGUGUGACAGAUGCCAACACUGGGUGCCACCGUCCCUCCGCCUGCAGCAGGCGCUGGCUUCGGGACAGAUCCUGCUAUAAACUGCAGCUGCACCAUCGACGGGCUUGGAAGGACUCAUCCGCCCCCGUGUUUGGUGAAGGAUACGGACUCUGCCAGCACAGACUCAGUAUUAACUCAAGCAUGGCUCUCCAGUCCGCGGUCCUGCUAUUUAUGUAUAUUUAAUACAAAACAUGUUUGCUUUGGGGUUUU